CUGGCAACGCUUGGCAUCCUGGGAGUGGCGGUUGAUUCAAAAUGGCGGCAGCAAAGAGAGGAAAGAACAACUCAGGAUUUUGGGGGAUUAAUGAAACACCAGAUGAAGACCAACCUAUGGUGUUCAUUCCGGGAGUAAGCAGAGAGGGACACUUGCGGACAGCUUUUAAGUCAGUAUCAGGCACCAGCAGCAGUGAGAGAAAGGUGAAGAUAGGGACCAAGUAUGGCAGUGAGAUCCGAGGAGAGGCUCCUCUGAGCCGGGGCAAUAAGAAGCAAGGCCAGCCUCUUUCCCUGUCCUCUGUCUCGGAGUCCUCAAUGGGUAGAGGGCAGCUCCAGUCCACCCCUGCAUCUACAGUCCCACCCCCCAGCCCAGCCACUCAGCAGCGUCUCCUCACCACCCCACAGGCACUCUCUGAGGUGACCCAGGCUAAGAGCAGGGCCUCUCUGAAGGACCUCUGUCCCGAGGAUAAGCGGCGCAUAGCCAACCUCAUCCAGGAGCUGGCCAGAGUGAGUGAGGAGAAGGAGGAGUCGGUACAGAGGCUGAGGGACGAACAGGAGACCUUUGAGCGCACAAUUCUACAGCUGGAGCAGCAGAACCAGCUCAUUGUACAGGAGAGAGAGAGCCUACAGCAGCAGUAUCGGGAGUGCCAGGAACUGCUGGGUCUCUACCAGCAGUACCUCUCUCAGCAGCAGGAGAAACUCAACCAGUCCAUUGCCCAGCUCAGCCACGCCCGUAACUCCCACAGCAAGGCCCCCAGCAGUGAGGGAGCCUCCACCAAGCCUAGCAGGGGAGAGAGGGCCACAGCCUGGGAUGGCUCCUACCUGGGCCUGCCCACUCUUGGAGGAACAGGGACAAACGGAGGAGGAAGAGAGCGAAGUGGCGGAGGAAGAGGAGCUGGAGGAAGAGUCCCGUCCCUGAGUCCUGCCUCUCUCUCGGACGACCUUCACUCAGCCACUCCCCAUCCCUACUCCUCCUCCAGCGACCAAUCCCAGGGACCAAUCAAACGCCGGGGCUGCCGAAGAGGAGGGGCUCAUAGCGAGCUUCGCCUAGCGUCCCACCGCAGCAGACAGGAACAUCUGGUCAACGGGGGGUUCCCCCAUCGGGGGGCCACAGAAGCCCCUCGACUGAGCAUCACCAGCCCGCUGCUCCACAACGGCCCUGGUGAACCACCCGAAGACAGUAGAGGUCUACAUGGACCUGGAGGGUUACUACCCGGAGGAGACCGAGUGGGGGAGGGAGUAGGGGCAGAGGGGACCCUCUCAGCGCCCCUCCUGGGCCCAGAGGACUGGGAGGAGAGGAGGCACCAGCUGCUCCUGCAGAAGCUGCAGCUGGAAGUGGAGAGAGAGCGGCUGCAGGCGCGGCUGGCCCAGCAGGAGGAGAAGCUGAUCAGACAGAACCAGCAUCUCCGACACACACGCCUCGACUACAGCAGGUUCCAGCAAGCCACUGCAGCCGAACUCAGCCACUCCAUGUCCAGAAACGGGACUGAUCCUUUACCCAACGGCCAUGCACUACUCGGUGAGGUGAGAGGGUGUGACGAUGCAGAGGACUUGGGAGAAGCAGCAGAACAAGAAGUGCCUCCACACAGAGACACUACUGCACACAUCCCCCUGCAAAACUCCAUACACUCCCCUGAGCCCUUUCAUAACAAGUCCAGGAGGGAUAUGGCCAGCUCUCCUGUGGUGUCCCAGAGCAUUCUCAAAGCCACCCCAGCACCAGUGAUGCCCCCUACUCUACCUAGGACCCCCCACUCUAGAUAUUGUGUGAGGAACUCAACCCUCUGGUUCCAUACAGAGGAGAAAGAAUGGAGGAUUGUGUGUUGGCCUCUCUGUGGUUGUUGGCCAACCAGUAAAGUUUUUGCUGUGUGGCCGACCGCUUUGGCUUAAGCAAAGGCAAUUUGCUCUAAAUAGUAGUUGGCCUGAACCACCUGAUACCCACCUACAUCAAGUGGCCUUCCAGUUCUGGAGGCUGGGUUCCAGGGGAUCAGAGGGUUCCCUGGUGUGAUUGGGUGCAUAGAUGGCACCCACAUUCCCAUCAGGGGGUUAUCCGAACAUUAGGAUGCCGACCAUUAACCGAAAAGGCCAGCCCAGCUGCAAGCUGUUUCACACAUGUCUACGCGUGCAACGCUGGUUCUGUGCAUGAUGCACAGGUGUACAGGACCAGUGACCUGAAGGCUCCCCUAGAUGCCCACCCUCUGCCAGAGCAGUACCACCUCUUAGGUGACUCAGUUUAUCCCCUAAGCCCGGGGACAAUGGUCACCUACUGGACGAGCACAAGCGAUCCACAGCUCCACCAGAGUCCAAAUCGAAAGUGCAAGUGGAGGAAGCUCCAACAUCUUGACAUGCUGCUGCUGGAGAAGAUCCCAGAUGUCAUCGCCAGUGCCUGUGUCCUCCAUAACAUGGUCAUCCAUGAGGACAUCACAGAGGACUUGGAUGAGGACCAUGUUGUGGCACAGGCACAUAACAUCAAGCCAGUCCCUGAUCCUGCAGUUAACAGAGUGGCCCUACGUAACCAGGUUGUCCAGAAGAGGGACAGCAUAAUG